AGAGCUGGAGCUCCCCCACCCAUUGCAAAGUGGUUCAUUCCUGAGUGGCACCGGCAGCCCGGAAGGGCAUCAGGGCACGGUGGUGGCGAACGACCUCUCAACCUCUGCCCCCCCCCCGAGUCCUGGGCAAAGAGCCCGGGCUGAGCAUGCAGGCGCUGUUCCUGAUCUGCGGGGCGGCAGCCGCCGCGUUCACCUUCCUGGAUGGCUGGUACCUGCUGAGGAUGCCCCUCACCUGGCUGUACGCCAGGUGGCUGCUGCCCGCCGUUCCGGAUCCGCUGGAGGAGCAGCGCUUCCACGCCUGGGUCCUGCCGUCGGACCUGGACUUCUUGCUGCACAUGAACAACGCCCGCUACUCCCGGGAGGCCGACCUGGCACGCUGCGUGCACAUGACCCGCUGCGGGCUCUUCCGCGCCAUCCGGGCCCUGGGGGGCCACACGGUGCUGGCCGCCUCCUGCUGCCGCUUCCGGCGCUCCCUGCGCCUGCUGGAGCGCUUCACCAUCCGCACCCGCCUGCGGGGCUGGGACCACCGGGCGUUUCUGCUGGAGCAGCGUUUCGUCAGCGCCCGGGACGGUUUCGUCUGCGCCGUGCUGCUGGUGCGGCAGCAUGUGGUAGGCACCACUCCGGGCCUGGCUGUGGAGCAGGUGUGCCAGAGGAAGGUAGAAUCUCCAGCCCUCCCAGAAGAGAUCCAACAUUGGUUGAAGUACAAUGAGGCCAGCAGCCAGACCCUCAGGGCGGAGAGUGACGUCCAAGAAAAGACCAAAUCCCGAUGAUCAGGUUCCGAAACCAUGGCUCAGAGUUACACCGGAAUGUAGGUUUCCUCUCCCGCUUUAUCGGCAGAACCAAA